AGAAUUGAAUUCCAAACUUGUAGCCGAUAUUGAUGAACUUAGAAAGAAGUUUGCUGAGGUCGAGACAGAGAAUAUCGAAGUUAAAGCCGAGAAUGCAAAGUUAAAGCAAGCUUUAGAAAAACGUGAAACCAAAUAG